CACACACCACCCAUGAUGCGUGCUUUUCCAUGGCGAUGCCAUGACCUCCACAACGUCGAAUAUCCAGUUCGGGGACGCGGUCUCUAGCGUCCAAGCUAAUAACAUCAACGGCGAUGUCCACAUUGGUAGACAUGAGAACACACUCGAUCGUCUCCCAUGCGCCGAAGAUGCGCCGUUCAACUCGUACGCCAGGCAGCACGAACAUGGAUGCCUUUCUGACACGCGCGUCGACUUGCUACAAGAGAUACACAGCUGGGCGGACGGGCAAGACGAGCGAUGCAUCUUCUGGCUCAGCGGCCUAGCAGGCACAGGCAAGUCGACAGUUGCGCGAACGGUCGCGCAUAGCUACUACACGAACCAGCGUCUCGCAGCCAGCUUCUUCUUUUCGCGAGGCGGCGGUGACGUCAGUCACGCUGGCAUGUUUGUUACGAGUAUCGCAGUGCAGUUGGCGGACAAUGUUCCAGCGUCUCGAUGUCAUAUACGCGACGCUAUUGCAGAGCGCAGCGGUAUCGCCAGACAAUCCUUCCGCGACCAGUGGCACCACCUUAUCCUUUAUCCGCUGUCCAAGCUACGUGAGGCUACAUCAUACAUCCUAGUCGUUGAUGCCCUUGACGAGUGCGACAAACGACAGCAAUAUCCAAAUCAUCAAGUACCAAUCCGGCACGGGUUCGGGCAAAUGGCAGACUCGAAGCACAAGGACGUCGUGCUGCACAGGCUCUCGCCGUUGGUCGUUGACCAUGACAUAGGCAUUUUUCUUGAGCACUGGCUAAGGAUUAUCGCAAAAGACUGUUACUACGAGGACGGUUGGCCAGGUGCAGAGACCAUCAAACAAUUAGUGCAGAGUGUAUGCGGUCUAUUUAUCUGGGCUGCAACUGCCUUUCGCUUUAUUCAAGAAGGCGGACAGUUUGCUAAAAACCGACUACGCAUUGUUCUCAAAGACAGCGCUGUUACAGACAAUUCAUCAGAGGACAGCACAUCCAGUGAGGAUUCCGGCACAUAUAAUCAGCGUGAGAUUCUCCCUGAAAAGCAAUUAGACAGUAUAUAUCUUACAGUCCUUAAGCGACCCGUUCGUCAAUAUACAAAGUACGAAAGAAAGAAGUGGUAUACGUUGAUGAAAGAGAUUUUAGGAGCAAUCGUGCUUCUAUACUCGCCGCUUUCUGCAACUUCGCUAUCCCGGCUACUCCUUAGGUCUAUAGAGGAAGUUUAUCGAACGCUACAUGAACUGCAUUCUAUCCUCGAUGUUCCGCAACAUUCGACUUACCACAUCCGUCUACACCACCCGUCUUUCCGCGAUUUCCUUCUCAACAAAGACCGAUGUAGGGAUACCAAUCUCUGGCACUACCUCCACUGGCUUGAGGCGCUGAGCUGGAUGGGCAAGGUCUCUAAAGGCAUCUUCGCCAUUAGUUCCCUUGAGUCAAUUGCCCUAGAUGGCGACUGCCCUGAUCUUUACGCAUUUAUCCACGACAUGAAGCGGUUUGCGCUAUAUAGCCGGUUACCGAUUGAGCUAGCUCCGUUGCAAGUUUAUAGCAGCGCUCUUGUAGAUAAUGAGUGGAGUGCAUAUCUGCAAACGCUUGAGGGUCAUGACAACAGCAUCUUUUCACUGGUCUUCUCGCGCGAUUCAACACGGCUCGCGUCAGUGUCGAAUUAUAAGAAAGCUAAGAUCUGGGACGUCAGAAGCGGUAAGUGUCUACAGACAUUCAGGGUCUACAACGACUUAGUAGCUUUCUCGCAUGACUUGACGCGGCUGGCAUCAGUGUUACAGGAUAACACCAUAAUGAUCUGGGAUACCAGUAGCGGUGCGUGCCUUCAUACGCUUGGAGGCCAUGGCAACGUUAGUUCGAUAGCCUUUUCCCACGACUCUAUGCAGCUAGCAUCAGCGUCACGCGACGGGACUAUUGAGAUCUGGGACGCUAGCAGUUGCGUGUGCCUGCAUAGGUCUGAAAUCUAUAACAACGACUUUAUCGUCAAAGCCUUCUCACACGACUUGAUGCACCUAGCGUUGGUGUCAAAUUCUACUAGUGUUAUCAAGGUCUGGGACGCUAGUAGUGGUACAUGUCUGCAGACGCUUAAUAGCGACUGUAAAUACGUUUUCUCGAUAGCCUUCUCGCAAAACUUCGCGUGGUUAGCAUCAGCGUUACGCAGUAACACUGUCAAGAUCUGGGAUAUCAGUAGCGUAGCCUUCUCGCAUAACUCAAUGCGGCUAGCGUCAGCGUCAGCAUCAGACGAUAGGGUUAUCAAGAUCUGGGAUACUAGUAAUGGUGCAUGCCUACAGACAUAUAAAGGCCAUAGCAGAGCCAUUAAAUCAGUAGCUUUCUCGUACAACUCUAUGCAAAUAGCAUCAGCCUCACGGGACAAGACUAUAAAGAUUUGGGAUACUAGUGGUAGCGCGUGCCUGUGGAAACAUGAGGACCAUAAGGACAACAUGCGUGAGAUUUGA